AUGGUGCCAACGCCCGCAGCCGCCGACGAAUAUCUGCUUAGUCUGCGAGCCGUGCGAGAACGCUGUUUCCGUGUAAAAGACGCCGGUGCGCGCAACGGACUGCAGCACUUUGACGUUGACCCGUCGAAGCUGCAAGAUGUUGUCCAGUUUGUGGUGGCUCUGAUCAAGCGUGAUUUUGACAAUCCCUCUUCAAUGCCCGUCCACGGAAUCUGGCGUCACUUUGAGACCGGCCGUCCUCGUAUCCAGCAUCUCCUCAAUUCCUGGUCGAGUCUAGGCUUUGACGCGACAGAGCAGACCAGACGGGUUCUGGACUUGUUUGUCGUGGGUGUGUUGUUCGACACCGAUGCUGACCAUGUUUGGUCGUUCCGCGAAAAGGCCACGGGAAGAACUCACAAGAGAGCCGAAGGUGUCGCUGUCGCAGUGCUGGAACUUUUCACAGCUGGCGCAUUUUCGAGUGAUGUAAACAACCCUCAUCGAGUUGACUCUGAGGCUUUAAUGAACUUGUCGCUGGAAACCCUUCACGAAGGAUUCCAGGUCGAUCACGAACGUAACGUUCUCAUCGGACUUGAAGACCGUCUUGAUCUCUUGCGGCAUUUGGGUCAAGUAUUACAAGAGCGCGCCGACUUCUUCCAACAGACUGGGCCUGUCCCACGUCCUGGCAACCUCAUGGAUUAUCUCCUGGAACACAAGUCCACCAUCAAGACCAAGAAGGGUGCCCUGAUUCUCUUGGAGACGCUCUGGCCGGUUGUGCAGGCCAUGGGUGAAGUGUAUGUGGCCGACCGAGCUGAAGGCAAGGGCGGGAUCCCUAGCCUUGGCGACGUGUACCCAUCCAACUCAAUCCAGUUCUCCAACAACCCGCAGUCCACCGAUCACUUGGUGCCGUUCCACAAGAUGUCGCAAUGGCUUGUCUAUUCCAUCAUUGAGCCCAUGGAACGUCUGCUGGGUGCUACCAUUGAAGGCACCGAGCUAUUGACACCACUUCCCGAGUUCCGCAAUGGUGGGUUGCUGAUGGACACUGGAUUCAUCUCGCUGAAGCAGCGCGAACACGCUCGCGGCCUCGAGAACUAUCACAAGAACUCGCUUCUGCCGGGCCAGCCCAAGAUUGAGGUUGCGCCGAUGUUUGAGAUGAACGACCCUGUGAUUAUCGAGUGGCGUGCAUUGACUACAGCUUAUCUGGACCUAGUGGCGGAGCGCGUGCGCGACGUCCUACGAUUGAACCGAAACAAGCUUACAUUGACACGAGUGAUGGACGGUGCCACUUGGGCCGCCGGCCGUGAGCUUGCUGAGAUUUCUCGCCCCAACACUCAAGAGCCGCCGAUUAUCGUCAAGUACGGCAAGUUCGUGAUGCACUAA